AUGGCCAAAAUCAGUCAAGACGUUUCUUCUUCUCGUUCUAAAGCCAGAAAAGCUUACUUCACUUCCUCCUCUGUGGAAAGAAGAGCUUUGUUAUCUGCUCCAUUGUCUAAAGAAUUAAGAGAACAGUACAACAUCAAGUCCUUGCCAAUCAGAAAGGAAGAUGAAGUCUUGGUUGUCAGAGGUUCCAAGAAGGGUUCCGAAGGUAAGAUCAACUCCGUCUACAGAUUGAAGUUCGCUGUCCAAAUCGAAAAGUUACAAAAGGAAAAGUCCAACGGUGCUUCCGUCCCAAUCAACAUUCACCCAUCCAAGGUUGUCAUCACCAAGUUGCACUUGGACAAGGACAGAAAGGCCUUGAUCGAAAGAAAGGGUGGUAAGCUCGAAUAAAUUAUUUUCAUAUUGUCAUAAAUUCUAUACAUAAAGGAUGAAUAUCCGAGACAUCUAAAUUCUGUGUUUUAUAUAAUAUGAAUGUAUUUUAAUGGUUCCGU